AUGUCCAGGCAGCCGGACCCCUUCGACGACCUCCUUGGCUCCCCCCCGCUCCCCACCUCCGCAGCUCACCACGACCCCUUCGAAGACGACCAUACCCCCGACCUCUUCAGCCCGAACACAGCAGCCUCGCAUCGCAAAGUUCCCACAUCCUCCACCUCAGCCCAGCCGUACGCACUAGACCCAUUCUUCGACGACGACGAUGAAUACCCGCCACAUCCCCAGCCUGGAUAUGCGUCCUCUGGCUACCUGGGACCCUCUACCUCUACUGUGAACGUACCCAAAUCGUCAUACGGCCACUCGGAUGCGUCGAUGGUGCCCUUCGCGGACAGCGGUGUAGCCCCGGCAGGCUUUGCAGGUCCGGCUUCGGCAAGAUCAUAUGGCGAUGACCCAUUUGGAGAUGAUGAAGGGCCUUCAGCAUAUGCCUUUACUGCCCCAGGUGCAGCCGCGGUCUCAAACUGGGCUCGACCGCGGCGGUCGAGAUGGCAAAAGUUCAGGGACGACUACUUGACAGAUGUCGAUUGGACUAUGGGUCUUAAUCAGUUAUUGAGAAGGAAGAGCAAGUUCGAUGGGAUGCCGAGGGAGAUAGCUUUGAAUGAUCCUGAAGGUAACAGAGUGAAGGGCUUUGAGAACAAUUCAGUCACAACAGGCAAAUAUGGCCCAAUAACAUUCUUGCCGAAAUUCUUGUUCUCCGAGUUUUCACGUUCAGCCAACCUGUUUUUCCUUUUCACAGCUUGUAUCCAGCAAGUACCCGACGUCUCUCCCACGGGCCACUACACCACAAUUGUCCCUCUCGCAGUGGUCAUCAUAGCAAGUGCUUUCAAAGAAAUCAAGGAGGACUUUAAACGCCACGCCUCAGAUCGCUCCCUCAACUACAGUACCACGCAAGUGCUCGUCGAUGGCCAAUUCCAGAAUCGACCAUGGCGCAAGAUCAGAGUCGGGGACAUUGUCAGAUUGGAAGCCAACGGCUUCAUUCCUGCCGAUGUGUUACUGAUCAGCAGCAGUGAGCCGGAGGGGCUUUGUUAUAUUGAGACCGCCAAUCUGGACGGUGAAACCAAUUUGAAGAUCAAGCAGGCUCAGCCUUCGACAGCGUCUCUCACCAAUCCCCAAUCCGUUUCAUUGCUCCGCGGGCAUCUAUUGUCCGAAGCUCCCAACUCGUCUCUCUACACAUACGACGGCACAUUCCAUCUCUCUUCCUCCCACCCCGGCGCAGCUCCGACAAAGAUCCCUGUCGGACCAAAUCAGUUGUUGCUGCGAGGUGCCCAACUCAGGAACACGGAAUGGGUUUACGGGGUUGUUGUCAAUGCUGGACACGAGACAAAGCUUAUGAGGAAUGCUACCGAUGCACCAAUCAAGCGAACAUCUGUUGAACGCCAAGUCAACCGCCAAAUCCUCCUCCUCUUUGUCCUCCUUCUCAUUCUAUCACUUGUUUCGACCAUCGGGAGUAGCUUGAGAACUUGGAUUUGGGAUACAAACUCUUGGUAUCUGCGACUUGGCGAUGAGAACAAAAAUAAAGCUCGUCAAUUCAUCGAGGAUUUUUUGACCUUCAUCAUUCUCUAUAACAACUUGAUUCCUAUCUCGCAUGUUUUGAUCAUGACCAUGGAAGUUGUCAAAUUUCAACAAGCAUCACUGAUCAAUUCUGACCUGGAUAUGUAUCACGCCCCGACCGACACUCCUGCCCUCUGCCGAACAUCCUCUCUCGUUGAAGAACUUGGUCAAAUUGCAUACAUAUUCUCCGACAAAACGGGCACUUUAACGAGGAACGAGAUGGAAUUCAGAGAGUGCAGUGUCUUUGGUACUAUGUAUGCGCAGGUGGUGGACGAUGCGAAAAGGGACCAGGGUCAGAAGAAUUUCGAUGUGUUGAGGGAAAGGGCCGAGGAGGAUUCGGAGGAAGGGGAGACGCUUCGACAAUUGCAAACCCACAGUCUUCUGUUGCUCUCAAUCUGUCACACGGUCAUUCCGGAAGAACGACAUGGUGCGAUGAUUUAUCAAGCUUCCAGCCCCGACGAGGCUGCUUUGGUCUCUGGGGCAGAAAUGCUGGGUUACCGCUUCCACACUCGCAAACCCAAAUCGGUGUUUGUCGACGUCAAUGGCAGCUCGGAAGAGUGGGAGAUCCUCAAUAUCUGUGAAUUCAAUUCUUCUCGAAAGCGAAUGUCUACAGUCGUACGCGGACCGGAUGGUAGAAUCAAGCUGUACACCAAAGGCGCAGACACCGUUGUCUACGAGAGAUUAGCACCAAAACAGGAAUUUUCUGAACCUACGCUGGUACACCUUGAGGACUAUGCCACUGAAGGUCUCCGAACACUCUGUCUUGCUUACAGAGACAUAUCAGACGAAGAAUACGCUCAGUGGGUGCAGAUGUAUGACACCGCUGCAUCUCAGCUUUCGGGCCGAGCCGAUGCGCUUGACCGAGUUGCAGAGGUCAUCGAACAGAAUCUUCAGCUAUUGGGUGCCACAGCCAUCGAGGACAAGCUGCAAGAAGGUGUCCCGGACACGAUCCAUACUCUUCAGCAAGCCGGUAUCAAGGUCUGGGUUCUCACUGGUGACAGGCAAGAAACAGCCAUCAACAUUGGCCUUUCAUGCCGCUUGAUCUCGGAAUCCAUGAAUCUUGUCAUUAUCAAUACCGAUACAGCGGCGGAGACCUCGGAGCUUCUGAAUAAACGCCUCUUCGCUAUAAAAAACCAGCGAAUGGGUGGUGAUACAGAAGAGCUGGCUUUAAUCAUCGAUGGUAAAAGUCUUACUUACGCUUUGGAGAAAGAAUGCUCUGAAGUCUUUCUGGAACUCGCCAUUAUGUGCAAAGCUGUCGUCUGCUGUCGGGUAUCGCCCUUGCAGAAAGCUUUGGUUGUCAAACUUGUAAAGCGAAGUACAGACGCACCCCUUCUGGCCAUAGGCGACGGUGCCAACGAUGUCAGCAUGAUCCAGGCCGCUCACGUCGGUGUCGGCAUCUCGGGCGUUGAGGGUCUGCAAGCUGCUCGGUCGGCCGAUGUUGCCAUCUCGCAAUUCAGGUUCUUGCGGAAAUUGCUGCUUGUACACGGGUCAUGGAGUUAUCAAAGGCUGAGCAAGCUCAUUCUCUUUUCGUUCUACAAAAAUAUAACGUUCGCCUUGACUCUCUUCUGGUAUUCUUGGUUCAACGAUUUCUCGGGUCAAAUUGCAUUCGAGGGAUGGUCAAUGUCCUACUACAACGUGAUCUUCACUAUUCUCCCCCCUCUUGUAAUUGGAAUAUUUGACCAAUUCGUAUCUGCUCGGAUGCUUGAUCGGUACCCUCAAUUGUACCAGCUUGGACAGCAAAACUAUUUCUUUGCUCCCAUCACAUUCUUCUACUGGGUUGGAAACGCGUUCUAUCACAGUGUAGUCCUGUUCGCGUUUUCUGUCUUGGUGUUCCGCAACGAUCUGCUAGCUACGGACGGAAGGAACUCUGGCUUAUGGGUUUGGGGGACCACUCUGUAUUUGGCUGUCUUGUUGACCGUUCUGGGAAAAGCUGCACUGAUAUCCGACGUAUGGACAAAGUACACCCUCGCCGCCAUUCCCGGAUCCUUCAUCUUUACCAUGGUCGCGCUGCCCAUAUAUGCCAUAGUCGCGCCUUUGCUGAACUUUUCCCUCGAAUUCACGGGCAUUGUCCCCCGUCUUUGGGCAGAUCCGAUAUUCUACUUUGUCCUGUUCUUGUUUCCCAUCAUAUGCCUGCUGCGAGACUAUGUCUGGAAGUACUACAAACGUACUUAUCACCCGGAGUCAUAUCAUAUUGUCCAAGAGAUUCAAAAGUUUAGCCUCGCUGAUUACCGGCCGCGCCAAGAACAGUUCCAAAAAGCCAUAAAAAAGGUGCGAGCAACACAACGUAUGCGCCGCCAGCGAGGCUUCGCCUUCUCCCAGACCGAAACUAGCAAUCAAGACCAAACAAGAUUGAUUCGGGCCUAUGACACUUCUGUAGCAAGGCCGUCCGGAUACUAA